UCGUGAGAUUGUUUUCUGUAGCAACAUAAGUCAUAUAGAUUUAAUGAUUAUCUUAUCUUAUCUUAUAUAAUACAGACGUUACUUAAAAAAAUCAUGAUAGAACUAGACUCUAGAAUCUAGAUCUUCUACUUAUAAAUCGCUAAAUCUAGAUCUAGUCUAGAUAGAUAUAUGGGGUACUCUAUUAUCAAGAUUAGAUUAGAUCUAACUCAAUAAUUCUAGUUCUAACAGUUUCAGAAAAAUUCUCAUCUGAAAGAUGUCUGUGGCAAUGGCAAAUAAACAUCAAGCUGAUUCAGUUGCUGAUAUCAGUUUUGAUUUGGAAAGAUUGUUUGACCCUUAUAACUUUGAUCAUAUUCCUCUGGACAAAAGAUUAGACCAGUUUAAACAACGUGAUCUUGCGCACAUCAAACAUUAUAAGGCUGCUGUUAAAAUAUUUGGAGGUCCCCCCAUGCGAACAAGAGUUAUUGUUGCACCUCCUAUGGAAACCCCGUUAAAACAUCGACUUGGAUAUUACAUGAAUAAAGUUUCAACCCCUCCACCCCCAACACUGAAUGGUACAUUAAGGUCACCCCCUGAACCAAAGAAAAACAUUCCUGAUGAAGUGAAACAAAAAAUAGCAGAAGAUAAAAAGAGAGAUGACUAUAAGCAAAGGAUAGCAAGUAGAAAAAAAAUAGAAGACAAUCUCAAGAAUUUAAUAUUUGAUGAAGAGUUUCUUGGAAGAAAACUUAACAAGUCAGAAUUAGAAAAACGAGUGCAAGCUAGAUUCCGUGCUGCUUGUUUAUGGAAGCCAGAUCCCCCAACUCCAGCUGAAGUGAUUCCUCCUCCUAAACCUUUACCAGGAAUACCCAUAGUUGCUGUACCACCACCAGAAGGUCUACAAAUUCUGGAUAAGUUCUUGUCUCUAAACAGACUACGCUUAAUGGACUUAUUUCUGCUAGCUGAUAAAGAUAAAAGCUGGUCCAUUUCCAGGGAGAAAUUCAUAAGUCUUGUUUCUAAGGCAGAAAUUCCUUUAAGUGAAUCUGAAGUGGAUGAUUUGAUGAUCACGUUGGAUACAAAUGCCGAUAAUAAGUUGGACUAUCAGGAGUUGAAUCAAGGACUUACACAAUGGAGAAAGCAGAGAAGAGAUUUAAAAAAACAAGAGCAAAAAAGUAAUUCCUUUUAUACAUCUGAUGAAAAGCUGUCUUCCAAAGAUAAAGAUAUUUAUCAUGUUCAAGAGGAAUACAAGGCUUAUGCCAAGGAAAGAAGUUUUGCUGAUUUUUUCAGUGACAAUGUCCUGAAAACCUCAAAACAUGAUACUGCAAAAACAGUUCCAGUUUUUGUUUCUUCAAAAUUUGAGGACACAACUCUGAACUUAACAAAUGAAACAGAUUUUCAAUAUGACUAUAAUGAUGCCAAUGUAGAGCCCAUAGAUGAUAAUGAUGAAAUAAACAGUGAAACAUAUUUUCUUCAGAUGGAACUGUCUGUCCCAGAUGACACUAAUACUGUUCCAGCACCAAAAGUUCAGAUUUUAACUGAAGAUACUAAAGAUAGUUUUGAGAAAACACGAGUGAAAUCUUCCAAAAGUUCUUAUUCAGGAUCUCAUCUAACUAAUUCAAGAUCUCAUACAAGUAAUUCAAACACAUUAGAAGUGCCAGAACCUGAUUUAAGAGAAGAGAUGAGAGUACCUGAGUCUAUGGAAUCCAUGUUGGAUAAUCGCAAACUUAACCGAGUAAUUCUUAGCAGAAGUAGCAUGAGAAAAAAUCUUUCACCUGUGGAAAGACUUGUAUUUGAUGAAAAACCAGGUUGUAUCAAGAUUGGCUAUAAACCAAUAGAUGAUCAUUGCUCAGAGUCCACACUUGGUGGAGAAGCUGCUGAUAAAGUCAACCAGUUUCGUCAGGAAAAACUCAAAGAAUAUUAUGAAGUAAAAAAAAUGUUUGAAGACAGAGGCUUACCAUUCACACUGGAUACUUUGAAUAAAGUGUUAUUGUACCCUGGUGAUAGACCAACUAAGCAUAUUCAAGCUGAGCUCAAAGCAAGUUCUCAACCAAAGACAUUGGGUUCAAAUAGGAUGUCAUUGGGAAAACAAUUGGUUCAAAAUCAUAAAUUGGUGACAACACAAUCUGGACACACCAUUACAUCAAGGUCUGAUAAAGAUGUCAGCAGAACAGUUCCUAGCAGAAUGAAGGGCAUUAGUGAGGGCACCAGCAGCACACAGAUUGGGAAAGUUAACAAGAGGAGACAUCUUAAAUACCACACUGUAACAGAUGUCUACCCUUUGGCCUCUAAAGUUAAACACAGUGAACAAGAAGAAGAGUUGAGCUCAGGAACUGCUUUCAUCAAAUCUAAACUGGACAACUGGAUGACCUUUGAAGAGUACAAUAAAUACACUAAAAACUUAAAAAGUAGAUAUUCUCGUGGCAAACACAAGAGCAACCCUGAUGCUGACUGGACUGGCUAUCUGCUUGAUAAACUCUAUUUGUGCAUGGACCAUGACCACAGCAGGCUAGAUGGCAAAGGCAAUCCCAUCAAGACCAGGGAUUCCUCUGCCUACAGUGGACUGGGAGUAGGCAUGUACAAUGGAAGAGGCAAUGCAGUGUUCCAAGAGACGCGUCACAUGAAAAGAGCGUAUCCUGGCUAUAACAAUGAUCUGCUAACCUGGCCAGUGGGAGAGAAUGGGGUCAGAUAUGGAAACAUUGAUGAACAUAGACUUAUCAGAUAAGCUUCUGGUAUGCCCAGGAAAGUAACAUUACAUCUUUUCAAACCAAAUUAUCAUUAGUUAUUUUUAGUAAAUUGUGGUUAGCAUUUACUUUAUACCUACUUUUACUUUAUAAACAGCCUGAAUAAUUAAGAUAUACCCAACUAACAAUUCAGUGUGCAGUGUUAUGUAUUCACAGGUUCAUUCUUGUUUUGAUUUAGAUAAAAAUGUUACUGAAUUAACAAUAUUAAUAAGACAGUCUUACAAUUACUGCAUGGCUUUGAACAUAAUUAAAAGCAGAAAAAAAGGUUGGAACAAAAUAUGAAGUUUUUAACAACUUAAAGAUAACAUUCAUCAAUGCACAAGACUUCUUCAGACUCUUAUUAAAUGCAAUUAUUACUAUGAAAAUAUGUAUUCUACAUUUCAGUUUGGUUUUUAAUGAGCAAUGUAAUUAUUAAUUUGUACAAAUAUGUCUAUUUAUAUUAAUGACAAUGUUGAUGUUCAGUGUGAUGAUGCGUCAUAGUGUUGAUGUUCAGUGUGAUGAUACCUCAUAGUGUUGAUGUUUCUUAGUUCAUGGAGAGAAACCAAUUAUUUUCAUUGUUAACCUGCUACGUAUAAACCAAUUUUUUAAAAAAGUUUCUACUGUUAAUUGUUACAAGAUAAAAAUGAUCACUUGAAAUUGUAUUUUGAGUUACAAGAUUUUAUGUAUUCAAUCAAAUUACACAGGAGGAAAAUGUAAGUGACUAUGCCAGUUUCCUUGUAUGUAUGUUUAAUGUCUUGAAGCUCAAAUCUUGUCAGUUGAUGAUAAUCAUUCCUUUGUGAUCAAAGUACAAUAAUCAUCACGUCUAAGAAAUUCCCCCCUCCCCGCAGGUCUGUCCCCUGUCAUAAGUGUGGGCUAGUUCUUUAGGGUAUGAUAACUCUGAAUUAAUGAAGCUCCUUCUAUGAACAGCUGAUAACUCUAAAUUAAUGAAGUUCCUUCUAUGAACAGCUGAUAACUCUAAAUUAAUGAAGCUCAUUCUAUGAACAGCUGAUAACUCUAAAUUAAUGAAGCUUCUUCUAUGAACAGCUGAUAACUCUAAAUUAAUGAAGCUCCUUCUAUGAACAGCUGAUAACUCUGAAUUAAUGAAGCUCCUUCUAUGAACAGCUGAUAACUCUAAAUUAAUGAAGCUCCUUCUAUGAACAGCUGAUAACUCUAAAUUAAUGAAGCUCCUUCUAUGAACAGCUGAUAACUCUAAAUUAAUGAAGCUCCUUCUAUGAACAGCUGAUAACUCUAAAUUAAUGAAGCUCCAUCUAUGAACAGCUGAUAACUCUAAAUUAAUGAAGCUCCUUCUAUGAACAGCUGAUAACUCUAAAUUAAUGAAGCUCCUUCUAUGAACAGCUAACUCUAAAUUAAUGAAGCUCCAUCUAUGAACAGCUGAUAACUCUAAAUUAAUGAAGCUCCUUCUAUGAACAGCUGAUAACUCUAAAUUAAUGAAGCUCCUUCUAUGAACAGCUGGUAACUCUAAAUUAAUGAAGCUCCUUCUAUGAACAGCUGGUAACUCUGGCUGAAUUAAUAAUAAAUGAAAACAACUUGUUUUUAAAUAACAAACAGUAAAUUAUAUUCUAAGUUAUAAAGAAAACAGAAGUUUCAGCAAUAAACUGAAGUUUUAUUCUUGUUUGAACAUAAGAUCCAUCAAAACCAUUCAACUGAAAUGCAUAUCAAUAUAUUGUAACAAAAGACAUAAAAGACAUUCAAGCUUAUAUACUUUUUCUUCAAAGAUGUGUCAGCAUACUUAAUAAUACUUUGGCAAUAAAACUUCAUACACAAUUAAUACAA